UGUCAGCUACAGUCAGGCAUUGAUGAUACGGCGUCGGAGGCGGGCCCCACUCAUUUUUCUGAAAGCAGUCAGUGCGGCAGUUCCAGUAACUUCAGCCUAUAGCCAAGUGAGAUUACAGUCUCCAUCAGCAUAUCUACAGGAAUCAUUUGAAAAACAAGCUGUGAAAUGUGUGGUAUCUGGGCUUUGUUUGGCAGUGAUGAGUGCCUGUCAGUUCAGUGCACCAGUGCCAUGAAGAUCGCUCACAGGGGCCCUGAUGCCUUUCGCUUUGAGAAUGUUAAUGGCUUCACUAACUGCUGUUUUGGCUUCCACCGGUUGGCUAUUGUGGACCAGCUGUAUGGCAUGCAGCCGUUACGCAUCAAGAAGUUUCCUUUCUUGUGGCUUUGCUACAAUGGAGAGAUUUACAACCAUCACACGCUGAGAAAGCAGUUUGAGUUUGAUCACCAGACUAAAGUGGAUGGUGAGAUUUUGCUCCAUCUGUAUGACCGCUUUGGGAUCCAGAAGAUGGCUUCUCUCCUGGAUGGUGUGUUUGCUUUUAUUCUGCUGGACACUAACAACAGAAAAGUCUUUCUGGGAAGAGAUACGUAUGGUGUGCGGCCUUUGUUCAAACUCCUCACAGACGAUGGAUUCCUUGCCGUCUGCUCAGAAGCCAAAGGCCUUACAGACAUUACCCUCGCCACCCCUGCCAAGAUCAUCCCCUUUCUCCCUGGCCACUUUGAAGUCUUUGAUUUGAAGCUGAACGGCAAAGUUCGGUCCAUUAAAAUGGAGCAGUUUCACUGCUGCACUAAAGAGCCGGCUCAUGCCGUCUACGACAUUGUGGAGAGACUGCCUACAACUUUUGACGAGGAAACAGUGAAAAUCAACAUCAGGAACCUGUUUGAGAAUGCUGUAAGGAAACGUCUCAUGGCUCACAGGAGAAUUGGCUGUCUUCUGUCAGGUGGUCUGGACUCCAGUUUGGUUGCUGCUACACUGGUGAAGCUGGCCAAGGAGGAGAAGCUGCAGUAUCCCAUCCAGACAUUUUCAAUCGGGUCAGAGGACAGUCCAGACAUCAUCGCUGCUCGCAAGGUUGCAGCUCACAUUGGCAGCGAACACCACGAGGUGAACUUCACUGCAGAAGAAGGCAUCCAAGCUAUAAAGAAGGUCAUCUUUCACCUGGAGACCUAUGACAUCACCACCAUACGUGCCUCUGUUGGUAUGUACUUGGUUUCAAAGUACAUCAGGGAGAAAUCGGACAGUGUGGUGAUCUUCUCUGGAGAGGGCUCUGACGAGCUGACCCAGGGAUACAUUUACUUCCACAAGGCUCCGAGUGCGACAGCAGCUGCAGAGGACAGCGUUCGACUGCUGAAGGAGCUCUACCUGUUUGAUGUUCUCCGUGCUGAUCGCACAACUGCUGCACAUGGUCUGGAGCUCAGAGUGCCUUUCCUGGACCACAGAUUGACGGCGUACUACCUUUCUCUGCCGGAGGAGAUGAGGAUUCCUAAGCAUGGAGUGGAGAAGCAUCUUCUGAGGGACUCCUUCAAAGGUCUCAACUUGAUCCCUGAUGAGAUCCUGUGGAGGCGCAAGGAGGCGUUCAGCGACGGUGUGAUGUCUGUGAAGAAGUCCUGGUACACCUGCCUGCAGGAGCACCUGGAGUCUGUGGUGAAUGACGACCAGAUGGAGAAGGCUCAUAAGAUGUUCCCUCACAACCCUCCGUGUACCAAAGAGGCCUACUACUUCAGACAAGUGUUUGAGAAGCACUUCCCAGGCAGAGCUGAGUGGCUCUCCCAUUACUGGAUGCCAUGUUGGAUCAACGCCGCCGACCCAUCGGCCCGGACCCUGUCUAUCUACAAACCUGAGAAAGAUCAAUAAACAGCUGGAACAGCUGUGUGCCUGUGUCUGUCAGCAAGAUGUUGGCCUUCUUAGAACAUUCUACAUGUGUCAUACUUAGCUUUAGUUACUUAGACUCUUAAAUUGAAUAGAUUUGGAAUUAGUUUGACUGAGCUUGUCUUACCCUUCAUGAAGAUUGUCGCGCUGUGAUGGAGUUCGUCAGACGUAGAUGUAGCAGUACUCGUCAGACCUGCUGUUCUGGGAGUUCCGGGUAUUCAUAAAUAAUAAUACUUUAAAUCUGCAGACUCAUUCUGCAUGUCAGAAUGAGAGGAGCUGUACUGUGCAGGUGGAUUGUGCACCUCUGGCCACGCACAUGCUUAUCAACACCAGCUAGUACAGCCACGCCUGAUUAGACACCCUGUUCGUUUUGUGCAGUUGUUGCACUAUGCAGCAUGUGUCGCUGACGUGGCCUGUGUAGUAGCCAAAAGAAUCAGUGUGACACCAAGCUUUUGGGGUUCAGCAAAUCAAUCAUUCUGUUACAGUUUAAUCUGACAAACUCCAUCAAAGUCCGACAAAGACCUGCCUGUAAAACCUGCCUCGACGAGUCUGAGCUUUUAUUUUAUUAUUUUCAAGGGCACAAAAAUGAUUAUCUGCUGCUACCGUAUCAACAUCUUGAAUCCAAAAAAUAAUGGGCUCAAAUACCACGUCAGUCUUGACUUAGUCACGUGACAAAGCAUUCUAAAGGACUGACCUGAUGAGUGUGCUGUUUUCUUUGGAGCGUUCAUCUUUUACGCUGUAAGGACCAAGUUCAGCAGCAUUUUCCUGCUGGUACUUCUUAGAUACUGUUGCCUCAUAAAUUACCAUACACAUGGUGAUACGUAUAUUUUAAUAGCUAACUUUAAUACAUAUUGAUCAUUCAGCCUGUCUGCUUUGGAUGCCCAUUUGGAAAAGGAUCUCAUAUGUUUCUAUGACGGUUCAGUGUUUAACCUCGAACAGAUUAUUUCGAGCUGCUACCACCAAAAAGGCUGAUGCUCCAGCUUGUUGACUAGUAUAUUAUGUGAUUUGUGUGAAGGACAUCUUUACAGUUUCUCAUGGGUAGAGGUGACUCAUAUGUGAACACUGUCAGUGACACUGGUGUGGCCUUUCAAACUGAUUAAUGCCAUCUCUGCUGUUUUUUCACUGGGAAUAAGGUCUUGGGUUAGGACUGGCUAUGCAAACAGACAUUUGUAGCAAGUGUGUGUGUUAAGUGUUGAAGUUAGCGUCUGGCGAUAUGAUAUACACAGGAUGAAAUUUGUCAACCUUUGGACUGUUACAUGAAAAUGUGAAAAGUACCUUGAUUUGUCAAUAAAUUAAAUUGAAUUUCCAGAGAAUUUACUAUAUUAUAAAGUUAAAUAUAGCGCAUCCAUAUCGCCCACCCCUAGUUUGAGUGUUAUGGUAUGAGAGUGAGCUACAGGAAAUGCCUGACAAUAUACUGUACUUCGAUAACCAUAAGUACAGCAUGGAAGUCUGACACUCAGGAAAUAUAGAACAUUGUAAUCUAUAUAGUUCUGAAAAUAAUUUAUUGCAAGGCUGUUGUAUUGGACUGCAUUAUGUUUUUAGUUCUGUAACUGACUUGCUUUCUACUUAUUGUCACUGCUGCUGCUAAAAUAAACGUAGCUCUUGGCACUAA